CAACAAGAUAAGCAGAGCUCAAUUAAUUAGCCUUGUCUGUUAAGACAUUAUUUUUUUUUUUUUUUGAGCUCCUAAUUAAUCGAAACCAAAAAUAGAGAAAGCAAAAAGAAUGGAAAACGCUUCGACUGUGAGAUUCUCUAGCUGUCGAGGAGUCGCGUUUGAGAUUACACCCCAUGCAAACCCUUUCGCUACUACUGACCGCAACCGCAACGCAAACGCCGAACACGAGGAAACGAGCAGCAGGUUUCGACGUCCAUGGAGUUUCAUGAGAAACGCUUCAAAAGUUAUCCCUUUAUCGAUGGAACACUCCAUGAGCCGAGCGAGCAGCCAUUUCUGCGACUUGGACUCUGACAACGACGAAGAAGAAAAAGAAGACGAUGUUUACUACCUAGAAGAAGGUGGAAUCAAGGAAGGAGACGAACAACACAGUGAGACAGACGAAAAGGCAAUCAUUGAUUCUUCCGCAAGCAAACACAGCGAGAAACCGCAGCAACCGCCUAUUCCAAAGAAACGCGCUUCAAGACUAUCCAUCAUACUUCUUGAUCAAGGAUUGUUCACCGUUUACAAGCGUCUCUUCGUCCUCUCUUUGUUUCUAAACAUCCUAGCUCUCGUUCUCGCAGCCACGGGACAUUUCGCCUACGCUAGAAACAGAGCAACUCUGUUUUCAAUCGCCAACAUUCUUGCCCUAACUCUCUGCAGAAGCGAAGCCUUCUUGAGACUCGUUUUCUACCUAACCGUAAACAUCCUCGGACGCUCUUUCGUCCCUCUCCGCAUAAAAAUCGCGGUCACAUCGCUCUUACAAAGCCUCGGUGGCGUCCACAGCGGCUGCGGCGUUUCCUCAAUCGCCUGGCUCAUAUACGCGUUGGUUCUCACUCUUAAAGACAGGGACAACACUUCAACAGCGAUCAUAGCGGUUGCUUCCGCGAUUCUCUCUCUCCUCUGCCUCACUUCCUUAGCAGCGUUUCCUCUUGUUCGCCAUUUACACCACAACGUCUUCGAACGCGUCCACAGAUUCGCUGGCUGGUCAGCUCUAGGCCUUGUUUGGGCGUUUAUAAUCCUAACGAUUUCAUACGACCCGAAAUCAAGAACCUACACCGAUAACCUCGGCUCGAAGCUUAUCAAAACGCAAGAGUUUUGGUUUACUUUAGCGAUCACCAUCGCGAUUUUGCUGCCUUGGUUAACCGUGAGACGCGUUCCGGUUAACGUAUCGUCUCUAUCGGGACACGCGUCGCUGAUCAAAUUCAGAGAUGGCGUGAAAUCAGGGAUCUUGGGUCGGAUCAGUCCGUCUCCGUUAUCGGAAUGGCACGCUUUUGGGAUCAUCUCUGAUGGGAAGACAUCGCACAUGAUGUUAGCUGGAGCUGUCGGCGACUUCACCAAGUCUUUAGUCUCAAAACCUCCGACUCACUUAUGGGUCCGUACGGUUCACUUCGCUGGUUUACCUUACCUCGUUAACUUGUAUGACAAGGUAUUACUUGUGCCACCGGAUCGGGGAUUUGUGUAUUUUUAUCGUUUCUCAUGCAGCAGAGUAAGGCUGAGGUAUAUCUGAUAUGGGUGGCUAAAGGAUUGGAUGAGAAUUUCGGUUCGGAAAUCGUGAACAGGAUUGCAAAUUAUCCUCAUCAAGACAGGAUCAUAGUUCACGAUACUGCGAUUCUUGGACGACCAAAUGUGUCGAAAAUGACCGUGGAAGCUUCCAAGAAGUUUGGAGCUCAAGUUGUAAUUGUUACUAGCAAUCCUGAAGGAAGUCGUGAUGUUGUUAAUGCUUGUAAGGCUUCUGGUGUUCCUGCUUUUGGUCCCAUUUGGGAUUCUUAGAUUACUAAUUUUAUCCUCUUCCUUUCUUUUUUUUGUGUGUUAUCUUCUGAUAAUUUAUUAUUUGUCUGCUAUUCCAACAAUGAUGUAAAAAUCUGUGUUUCGUAAUAUAUGAAAUCCUUUCAAGAGUUACGACGAGUUAAA